GUAAUAGCUUCGACUGAGUUGUGUAUUAUUUUUUUUAUUGUUCGUCGCUCAUCCAGCUCGCUAGUUAAAGCAGUUUGCAGGGUUUUUUUAUCCAUGAUUCAUUAGCCGUCUGCCAAUAUGGACUUUGAAUUCAAGACACGUACAGCAAACGUGAGGGAGAAGGUUGAAGACCUGUUCGACUACGAGGGAUGCAAGGUGGGCCGAGGAACGUACGGACACGUCUACAAAGCGACCACCAAGAAAGGCAACCCCAAGAAGGAGUACGCUCUGAAACAGAUCGAAGGAACCGGAAUAUCUAUGUCCGCAUGUAGGGAAGUGGCUUUAUUGAGAGAGUUGAAACAUCCCAAUGUGAUCAGUCUACGCAAGGUGUUCCUCUCCCACUCCGACAGGAAGGUCUGGCUACUCUUUGAGUUCUCCGAGCAUGAUCUCUGGCACAUCAUAAAACAUCAUCGAGCGAAUAAAGCCAGUAAGAAGGGACCGCCGUCUGUACCGCCAACUAUGGUUAAGUCUUUGCUAUUCCAAAUCCUCGAUGGAAUUCACUAUCUACAUUCAAAUUGGGUACUACACAGAGAUCUGAAACCAGCAAACAUUCUUGUCAUGGGGGAGGGUCAAGAGAGAGGCAGAGUAAAAAUUGCUGAUAUGGGUUUUGCCAGAUUAUUCAACUCUCCACUUAAGCCACUCGCCGAUCUGGACCCGGUGGUCGUAACUUUCUGGUAUCGCGCUCCGGAGCUCCUACUUGGGGCGAGACACUACACAAAAGCAAUAGAUAUAUGGGCCAUAGGAUGCAUCUUUGCUGAACUUCUUACCUCUGAACCGAUCUUUCACUGUCGUCAAGAGGACAUUAAAACCAGUAACCCGUACCAUCAUGACCAGUUGGAUAGAAUCUUCAACGUCAUGGGUUUCCCUUUGGAGAAAGAUUGGGAGGAUAUCAAGAAGAUGCCCGAAUACUCCACCCUCGUCAAAGACUUCAGAAGAUCCAAUUAUACAAGCUCUUGCCUCAUCAAAUACAUGGAAAAGCACAAGAUCAAGCCAGAAACAAGAGCAUUUCAGUUGCUAUCAAAGCUGCUAACCAUGGACCCUACAAAGCGUAUGACGGCCAAGCAGUCCAUGGAAGAUUCCUAUUUUACAGAAGAACCAAUGCCCACGUCAGAUGUAUUUGAUGGCAAGCUCAUUCCUUACCCUAAACGUGAGUUCCUUACAGACGACGACAAUGAAGACAAGUCAGACACCAGUAAGUCGGGAUCCGGUACUCAUUUACAGGCUCACCAACGAAUGCGCAUGGCGCAUCAAGCCAGUCACGGGCACAGUACUGGGGGCUCAUCAAGCCAUGCACAAGGAGCUAAGAGAAUGCGAGUAGCAGCCUCGGCGUCCAGCCACGGCGGGGCACCGGGAGGAGGGAUGAUGCAGAACGAGUACCAGGCACAGCAGGUAAAGAAGCACAUGAUGCCCGGAUACCAGCAGAACACAACACAAGCCAGCAACCCGGCGACCUCCAAACAGCAACAGGGUAUGAUGUACACCUCAAAUACAGUCCAGAGCAACGGCGGGUCCUACAACCAGCAACAUCAACACCAGCAACACCGCUAUUAAUGCAGCAGUCCUUGAAAUGACCCACGGCACCCACAGCAGUUACUACCACUCCCAGACGAUCUCUUCAUGCCAUGUACAGUAUGUCGAUACCCAAUAGGCCUUGAAAUAACCCACGGACAGUAUCGACGCCCUGGUGGGCGGUGCUUGGCCAGCCUGCCCAGAACUAACACACUUCUCCCAGCACUCUGAGCAAACUACACUGUGCUUAGCCAGCACAGACUUUCCACAGAUUGCACUUCAGCAGAUAAAACAAUGAAUCCUCUGCUGAACUGCUCGCCCUUGGUGGAUUAAAUUGGAUUAAGAGCCCACCACUACAAGUGGUCUAGCUACAUGUACAUGUACAACACUGCCCACGGCACCCACAGCGAGUGCCGUGGUGCCCUGUGCUUUUGCUGUGUUGCUCAGUCCUUUUGCUGUGGUGCCCUGUGCUUCUGCUGUGGUGCCCUUAGCAAAGCUCCGCUACAAGAUUACAUUUUCUUCAUUGGAGUGGCCCUUACCAGAGGGAAAUUGCAAGACCUGGAUGCACCACCAUGUGCUGCAAAGGAACGACUUUGGGACAGCUCAAUCCUUUCACAUCCUACAAUGGAAGGUACUCUUUUUAUCUUUGAGAAAUAUCCACAAAGGAGACAAACAAUUGCCCAGUGAGACACUCUAAUAAGUGCAUACACUUAGUUGCUGGGAAAAAUGGAAUGCCAAAUGUGAACCGGAUAAAUGUGUUCAAGUUACGACUGUGAAUGUUAGCCAUUUCUUUCCUGUGGUGGUGACGUGAUGUUGGAAAUGUUCGGUCUUUGGUCGUAGUAUGUGAGUGCAUUUCUCAGCAAAAAUUAUUAAAUAUAUUGUAUAUAAAUUGUAUGUAUUAUUUAGUAGUAAAGUUGACUUGUAGCUAUAUGUCACAUGGCACCACACUCUAUAUAUACGUAAACACAUUGUGGAAAAGUCGUGGCCGAGCGGUUAAGAGCACCGAAUUCAAACUCUGGUGUUUCUGAUCAGCAGAGUGUGGCUUCGAAUCCC